CAACACUCUCGAAUCUGUUGCCGAGGUCUUAGGAUCUUAGGAACAAACAAAACGAUGACCAUAUUAUUUUUCACAGGUAGUAACAAACUCCGUUCACACAAACUCCGGCGCCUAAGAAAAAAUGUCUGCAGAGAAAAACGUCCACGUGGCCGCCUUUGCGUUCCCGUUCGGCUCCCACCCAACGCCGCUCCUCCACCUCGUGCAGCGCCUCGCCGCCGCCGCUUCCCCCGCCGUACGCUUUUCGUACUUCAACACCGCCGGGUCCAACCGGAAGCUUUUCCCGGCGGCGAAUCUGCUUCCCGGACACGACAACAUAAAAGCAUACGACGUGGAAGAUGGUGUACCGGAGGGGCACGUGUUCUCCGGCAACCCACUCGAGCCCAUCGGGCUUUUCAUCGGAGCCACUCCCCAGAAUUUCAAAAAACGGUUGGAAGAGGUCGUCGAAGAAACCGGAUCGAAGGCCACGUGUCUAUUGACGGAUGCGUUUUUGUGGUUCGCGGCGGAGAUGGCGGAGGAAAUCGGGAUACCUUGGGUGGCGUUCUGGACGGCGGGCCCCACUCCGAUAUCUCUUCAUCUGAACACUGACGUCAUCCUCGCUAAAUUAGGUCAAAAUGAUGACAAACAAAAUCAGGACCAGACACUUGAUUUUAUCCCAGGAAUGUCAGCCGUACACGUGGCUGAUUUACCCCAAGAAAUCCUCCACCUAGACACCCCAUUUUCCCGCCUUCUUUACAGCAUGUCACUCGCACUACCACGCGCCGCCGCCGUAGUGCUCAACUCCUUCGACGGAAUAGUCGAUGCCGCCGUGGAAAACGAUCUCAAAUCGAAGCUCCGAAAAAUCCUCAAUGUCGGCCCCUCACCCCAUCCGCCGCUCAAUGAGGAGGAACGAGGCGGCGGCGACUGUCUAUCGUGGCUAAGCAACCACCCCGCCGCCGCCGUGGCAUACAUUAGCUUCGGCACAAUGCUGACGCCACCGCCGCCAGAGCUUUCUGCUCUGGCGGAGGUGCUGGAAGAGAAAAAGAUUCCUUAUCUAUGGUCCUUUAGGGAUAACUCGAAAAGGCAUCUAUUGGAAGGAUUUUUCGAAAGAACUAGCUCGGUAGGAAAAGUAGUGGAGUGGGCCCCACAAGUGGAAGUUCUGGCUCAUUCUUCGGUGGGGGUGUUCGUGACACACUGCGGGUGGAACUCGGUCGUGGAGAGCAUCACGGGCGGCAUGCCGAUGAUUUGCCGCCCGUUUUUCGGCGAUCAGAUGAUAAACAGGCGUCUCGUGGAGGAUGUGUGGCGGAUCGGGGUCGGUGUUGAGGGCGGAUCUUUUAGUGCAUCGGGCUUGGCGAAAGCAUUCGAUGUUGUUAUGUUUGGAGAAAAGGGGAAAGAAAUUAGGGGUAAUAUUGGAAAACUUAGGGAAUGUGCUAACAUUGCUAUUGAAGAAAAUGGAACUUCAACUCAAAAUUUCAAGUCCUUGGUUGGUCUAGUGACAUCUUAUGAUCAAGAUUAGAAUAUUUAAUUUAAUCCAUUAUUUAUUUAUUUAUUUUCAAUUAAUAGGUGUAAUUGAGUUUCAAGUGUAGAAUUUGAUGUUUCAAUUAACAUAAUUUUGUUACACA